AUGCUGCGCGUGCAACUGUCGUCCUUCAUCUUCUCAAUCUUGUGCCGCACGACAGCACAGCUUGGUGUCCUGACAUGUGCUCGCUCGCACGGCUUUCCCAGUCAAUACCUCCCAAGAGUUCAAAAACUAGCACAUAAAGUAGCCAUCGUGGUCAUUGUGGCUCUGUCGACCCUUUCCAUCACAACGUACACCUCGGAUCAUGCCUAUCGAACCAUUCUUGAUAUCACUGUGUCGGUAUAUCAAAGGCUCCUCUACACGAGACUUGCUUGUGAAACUGUCUGCGGGCUUCUCACCUGUUUGUUUUGCGUAUGUCAACUUGUUUUACCACGCAGGGCACAGGAUGCUGAUGCACAGCUGUUCAGACAGCUUUGCCUUCUUUCAUUGGCGUUGCUCGUCGCUUUGGGUUGUGGCAUAGCGGGCAAUGUACAGGUGCGCGCUGGUGUCCAACACAUUUUCAAAAUGUUGCAGGUCAACCUCACUUUGAUUGUCUCGCUACUUUUGCCAGUAGCUGCAGAACGAAUGAGUCGGCUGGGACGACCGAGAUUGGCUGGGACGCCAAGUCCACAACCAUGGCUCAGUGAUCCUCUCAGUCUCAUUCGACAGCAUACGUCGUAUCGUGGUGUUCAGAGCUCUGUUCGCAUCCCUCCUGCUCCUUCCUUGGGUGCUUUCGUGAGUGACUCGACCGAUAGCUCCCCACGCAGCCGAACGAAUCCAGUUGAAAGCAGUCUGGGAAGCAGCAUUCAUCAACGAGAACGCGAAGCAGAUACGAUACGCAAUUUGAGCCAACUGCAUCAAGCAACCCGACAGAGCUCCAUACAUCCCAUGCGCUUGCGAUUGGAUGAUACAUUGACGGCUGAGCAGUCUGAGUUCAGUGUGAGCAACUCUCGAGUCAAUUCAAGUCAGCCAUCACGUCUGAGUAAUGGAUUUGGCAGUCGACCAAGACGACAUACCGUCCAUGCUGCAGGUCGACGCGCGCCAAUUUAUCCCAUGGUAGAUUUACGUCGCAGUUCCUAUUACUCUGCAGCAACACCCUCUCCAAUCAAUCCAGGAUCCAUCUCAGCUGGCAGUAGUCAAGAAGGCUCUGACCCUGCUGCUUCGAGUGCCGUUACGGCGGAUUCUGACAUUUCAGCCUUGAUUCGACAGAAUUUCAGACUGGCCCUGACACUUCAUAAGAGUGACAAGCGAGCAUCUCGUUCGACAUUGAAGGAUCAAACGAGGAGUAUGCAUACUGCCUCAGAGGUCACAGCUGACUCGCCUGCUGUGGAUGGCGAUGAAGGACGAGAAAAGGCAGGACAAAAUCUAGCACCGCUUGUGACACCAUGGCAGCCAUUACGGCCACACUCUGUUGACUUGCCUCGAAGAGAUGAGAAUGCAUCGAGCAAGUCUGAUGCGCGCCUGAGCUGGGCUCCGGAUGUAGAGGCGUUACUGAGUGAUCAUCAAAUGGCUGACAAGCGAGGGAGGACGUAG